AUGGCGCGUUUACUAUUCGUCGUAUCGUUCGCCGUCCUGCUGGCGGUGGCGUCCGCAGGACAAACCGUCGUGACGGGUCCCAACAACCCCGCGGUGAACCUCGACCAAGCUAAGGGCGACAAUGGCGUGGCGACGGUGGUCCCUCCUGGCAUCGAGAAGGCGGCGGCUGCGGGCAAGCUGGACAACUUCGAGGGGACAACGAUCGUGAGCCCGAGCACGGACAGCAUGCUGAUGGUGGACGUGAAGCAGGCCGGAUGGAACAAGAUGAAGUGCCACAAGGACCUGGGCAAACCCGGGGACGGCGCGUGCACGCCCGCCAACUGCAGCAAGGGCGGCAUCCCCGCCAAGUGGAAGACGUCGAACCUGCUCAAGAACAAGCUGGGCGUGGAGGUGUACGUGAAGGGGAAUCCGCUCACGCUCAAGAAGGCGUCCCCGCAGACGUGCUGCAACACGUGCGCGGGGUUCAGCAGCUGCACGUACUGGCAGUACAUUCCCGAUAUUACCAUCGACGGCAAGAAGACGGAGGGCGCGUGCUACCUGGUGCACGACAACAUCGACUACUCCGCUGACGAGGUUUCCGCCGAACCCUCUGCUCCUUCCGCCGAUGCAAAAGCCGAACCAGACAGGGAGAUUGUAGCGGGGAAUACGGCGGCGGAGGAUACGGGGAAGAAGGCGGAGGAUGCGGAGAAGAAAGCGGAGGAUGAGGGGAAGAAGGCGCAGAAGCGGGGGAAGGAGCUGGAGAAGCGCUUGCGCCGGUUGCGGGAAGUGAUGGCGGAAGUGGAUGGGGGGAAGGGCGUCGACGCGUUCAUCAUUCCGUCCGAAGACCCGCACCAGGUUGAUUUUCUGAAACCUCCACAUAUUAGCCCCAUCACCAGGCGCAACGGUGGUAACCUGGGAUCGCAUUGCUGUCAAAUUCACUUAUUCCUCUCUCCUUUCAUCCUUCUUCCACGGGUAUCCCCCCCUUCCUCUUCCCCCGCAACCCCCCCCCCUCCUCUUUCCCCCCACUUUUCUCUUCCCCUUCCCCCCCUCUUUCCCACCUUUCCCCCCUCCGCGGCAGAGCGAGUACAUGGCGCCGUGCUUCGAGCGCCGCGCGGUCAUUUCCGGCUUCACGGGAGCGAGUACAUGGCGCCGUGCUUCGAGCGCCGCGCGUUCAUCUCCGGAUUCACGGGGUCCGCGGGGACGGCGGUGGUGACGCGCGAGCGCGCGCUGCUGUGGACGGACGGGCGCUACUUCCUGCAGGCGGAGCAGCAGCUUCCGCCCGCCUGGGACCUCAUGCGCGCGGGCAUGCCUGGCGUGCCGUCCGUCGCUGACUGGCUGGCUGAGGCUCUCCCUGCGGGCAGCAGAGUGGGGGUUGACCCGUUUGUGCACUCAGCGGACAACGUGAGGGGCCUGGCGGACACGCUGGCAGCGUCCUCAUCUGUGGUGGUGCGUCUGCUGCGCGAGAGCAACCCCGUUGACGUCGUGUGGGGCGCGGAGCGCCCCCCUCCGCCCUCAGCGCCCAUGAGGGUGCACCCGAUUGAGUUCGCAGGGCGGACGGUGAGGGCGAAGCUGCAGCAGCUGCGGGCGGAGAUGAGGGAGGCGGGUGCCACGGCGCUGCUGGUGUCGGCUCUGGAUGAGGUCGCGUGGCUGCUCAACGUGAGGGGUGCAGACGUGCCGCACUGUCCAGUGACAGUGGCGUACGCAGUGGUGGAGACGGAGGCGGCGCAUCUCUUCGUGGACCCCAGCAAGGUGGCAGCGCCUGCAGUGGCAGAGCACCUGGCAGCAGCAGGCGUGACUGUGAAGCCCUACGGGGACCUCGUGCCUUUCCUCCAGAGAUCCGCAAUGGACGGGGCGCGCCUGUGGCUGGACCCUGCCUCAGCCUCCUCUGCAGUGCUCUGCUCCGUUGAAGCCGCCUGCGCUCAGUUCUACGAGCAGAGAGCCUCAGGAAAGGGGGGAUUCGGGGGGAAGAAAGGGAAGAAGGGAGAGAAAGGGGAGAAGAAGAGCAAGGAGGGGAAGGGAGGGAAGGGGAGGGAGGAGCGAGGGGGGGGAGGUGGGGAGGAAGUGGAAGGGCCGGCAGUGCUGAGUCGCACCACCCCCAUCUCUCUGGCCAAGGCGCUGAAGAACGAAUCGGAGAUCGAGGGCAUGAAGAAGGCCCACAUCAGGGACGCGGUGGCAAUGGCGCAUUUCUGGGAGUGGGCAGAGAGGGCGGUGGUGGAGGAGGGGAGGGCGGUGACAGAGGUGGAGUUGGGGGAGAGGCUAGAGGCGUUCCGUGCAGAGCAGGAGGGGUUUAUGGAUACCAGCUUUGAUACCAUCGCAGGUUCGGGGAAGAACGGAGCAAUCAUCCACUACCGAGCUGAGGAGGGCAGCUGUGCCGUGGUGGAUCCUUCCAGGAUGCUUCUGCUGGACAGCGGUGCACAGUAUGUGGAUGGCACAACAGACAUCACUCGCACUGUUCACUUUGGCACGCCUUCGGACUAUGAGAAGGAGUGCUAUACUCGCGUGCUGCAGGGUCAUAUAGCGCUAGACUGUGCAGUGUUCCCCCAGGGCACGCCAGGGUUCGCACUCGAUAUUCUGGCGAGAAAGGCCCUGUGGGGCAUGGGGCUGGACUAUCGGCACGGCACGGGGCACGGCGUGGGGGCGGCUCUGAACGUGCACGAGGGGCCGCAGAGCAUCAGCCCGCGGUUUGGCAACGCCACGCCUCUGCAGGCGGGCAUGGUUGUGAGCAACGAACCGGGGUUCUACCAUGAUAACCAGUUCGGAAUCCGCAUUGAGAAUCUUCUGGUGGUGAGGGAGCAGCAAACGCAGUUCCGAUUUGGCGGCACAACGUAUCUGGGCUUCGAGUGCCUCACGCUCUUUCCAAUCCAGACGAAGCUAGUGAGUGUGGAGCUGCUGAGCGAGGCAGAGGUCAAGUGGAUCAACGACUAUCACCAGCGCGUGUGGGACACUGUCUCCCCUCUGCUCUCAGGAGCUCCCCUGGAGUGGCUGCAGCGCAACACUCAGCCCAUCUAUCGCGCUCAGGCAGCACCGAAACCUGCAGCAGGCAAAGGAGCAGCAAAGGGAGCCAAAGCAGGAGCGAAAGCAGCAGCCAAGGCUGCUGCAGCCAGCUAA